AUGGCUCCGAUAGGGGUUAGGUCGGGGAGCCCUAGGGAGCCCCCGCUGCUGACCCUAUCACCUCCCCCGCGGGCCGUGUCCCCGAGCCCCAGGAGGGACGUCACCCCGCAACUGCGGCCCCACAGCCCCCGCCGCAGGAGGGAGGUCCCCGCCGUCCUCUGCACCCCGCCCGAGGGGGAGGUCAAGAAGUCCAAGUCUAUACAGGACCUGAUCAAGCAGCUCGGAAGAGCAGUGGUGAAUAGAUCUAAGUCGCCGAGGAGGAGUUCCUGCCUUCUGGAAGUUCCGUCUCCGUCGUUCAGGAGUCGGAGCAGAUCCUUAGACGAUGGCACCCGGAAGCCUUCCGACUGUGAGGCUACCUACCGGAUCUACGACCAGAUAUUGGCUGAAGGUGCUCUGAGACGCAGCUCACUCGAGAAGAGAAGACUCAGCCUCGGUGGUGGUGUGACCGGGCACAGGGGGUCUGAACCUUCCUUGGACCCCAACCACGCAGCAAUCCUCUUCAGGGAUUCCAGGGGUUUACCUGUCGCAGACCCUUUCCUAGAAAAAGUCAGCAUCUCAGAUCUUGAAGAAGAUGAGAGCCAAAUCUUUGUUAAGUUUUUCAAGUUCCAUAGAUGUUACGGAUUGAUUCCCACAAGUGCCAAACUUGUUGUUUUUGACACUCAACUUCUAGUCAAGAAAGCUUUUUUCGCUCUUCUACAUAACGGUGUGAGAGCAGCUCCGUUGUGGGAUUCCAGUCAGCACAAGUUUGUUGGAAUGCUUACAAUUACUGAUUUCAUAAAAAUUCUCCAUAUGUACUACAGAUCAGGAACCAUGUCAUUAGAGCAAAUGGAAGAACACAAACUUGAUACUUGGAGAGCGCUGCUGAAGGAUUCGCCUGAUCUGGUCUCAAUUGGUCCCGAUGCUUCAUUAUAUGAUGCCAUUAGGGUCUUAAUUCAGAACAGGAUACAUCGGCUUCCUGUCAUUGAUCCUGAAACUGAUAAUGUUCUUUACAUCCUUACCCACAAGCGAAUUCUCAGGUUUUUGUUCCUUUAUAUAAAUGACCUGCCAAGGCCAAGUUAUUUGGAUAAAACUUUAGCGGAAGUUGGCAUUGGCACGUAUGAUUGCAUAGAGACUGCAUUUGAAGAUACAACAAUCAUCGCAGCACUUGAUAAGUUUUUAGAUCGCCGUGUUUCAGCUCUCCCUGUUGUCGAUUCAGAGGGAAAAUUAGUCGAUAUAUUCGCCAAGUUUGAUGUGAUUAAUUUGGCUGCAGAAAAAACUUACGACAAGUUGGAUAUGCCUCUAAAGAAAGCUAAUGAAAACAGAAAUGAUUGGUUUGAAGGUGUACACAAAUGCAGUAUGGAUGACACCUUGUACAGUAUUAUUGAACGCCUUGUUAGGGCUGAGGUUCAUCGGCUGGUUGUGACUGAUGAUGAAGAUAAAGUAAUAGGAAUCCUUUCUCUUUCAGAUCUUCUACAAUAUUUAGUCUUGAGGCCGUGUGGAGAUGACAUUGGUUUUGGAAGUCGGUGUGAGAGUCCUUUAUCACAGCUUCAGUCAGAAGAAACCAUUUUGGAAGGUGAGGAAGAAGAAAGUGAUUCGCUCGAGCCACUGACUACUAAUACAAAUUUUACAAGAGAAGUCACAGUUUCUGGGGGAGAAUAG